AGCAUCAAUAUAUAUUUUCUCAGAAGUUCCGAGGUUUGGACUUAGCAGUCGUUAUUCAAACUGUUGUAUUCGACCUAAAAAGCCAGAGCCCGCAGCUGUCUCGAUCUUUAGUCAUUUAUUUCCAAGUAUGCUGUGAAAUGGCCUUUGGAGCUUGGAAGAUACUUAAUGAAGAGGAGGUGGUGAAGAGGCAACAAAGCCCACCGCCUUCGGGUGACCCGCAUUCUGCAUUCUUUGACCUCAGCGCUGCAUAGAGUCCGGUGUUGCAGCCGCCUUGCAUCAUCUCAACAACCACUCACUUGGCCGCUUUACUUGGUUAAGGAGCUUGCCGCCGCCGCUUGAUUCACGUUUAUAUGCGGUCGCACAGUGGUGAGCUUACAGCUAUUGAGAUUUUCGAGACGAUCCCACUCGUUGGAGCUCGGCGCCAUGCUUCCCCAGGUCAAGCAAGACCCCGAUGCCUCCACGCCUUACAUUAAACCCGACCCCGACAGCAAAGACGCCAUACUCGCCGACAUCGACGACGAGGACCUCUACGAAGAUGCCGGUGACUUAGAUUUUACGAAUGCGGCACAGAGUUUAUGGCUUUCUCGAAUCCCGCGGUCGCUCUGGGAGCAUUGGUCCAACUUGGAUAACCUGGAUGACGAUGAGGAAAUUCAGGUUGGCACAGUAAGAAUCGAAGGAGAUUCAAAAGACAUCAAAAGAGUCAGUUUGCGCCUCAACGACCAAGAGGAGAAUCGCGACAUCCCUAAGGACUACAUUUUGGCACGACAGACAGUAAAUACUGAGAACUUGGUACAUAUGACUCAAAACACGUUUCUUUUCACAGAGAAGGACAUUCCCGGCCACGAAAACCGGAUGGUCACGUUUGGCGAAACGAGGUCCGCCCUAUACGAGUCGAUGAAGCGAGAUGCAAGGAGAAAGGAACGCAAGAAGAAGUGGGAGCCCUAUGUUCGGAAAACAGUUCCAAAGCAAACCGCCUUGGUUGGGCAUGUGCAAGAAGAAUUCAAUUGCCUUCCUGUUGAGAACGAAGAAUUCAGACUCAUAUCAGAGAGGAAGGCACUGGAAGCUCUGAAACCGAAGAAGGAAACUGUCUUCAUUGAUAAGCUCCCGGGCAAGUUGCUGCAACAGAGGCAUGCCUUGCCUGGAGAGCAGAGCGCAUUUGUGCAAGCAACGAGGCCCACAAAGCUCAAAGCACAGGAGAACAAGACUACUCGUAUGCCGCAGAACGAGCUGUUGGAUCUUGUUUACGGAUGUUUCCGAGAAUACAGAUACUGGCCGUUUAAGACGCUCAAAGCCAGGCUUCGACAACCCGAGGCUUAUCUUAAGCAGACCUUGGAAAUGAUUGCCCAUCUAGUGAAAUCCGGCGAUUUUGCCAUGACAUGGGAGUUGAAGCCCGAGGCGCGCGAGAGCCAUUACUCCAAUGCCUUGGAACCCAAGCAAGAAGCUGCCCCUGGCCUCGACUAUAACUUUGACGAAGGCUCAGAAGACGAUGCAAUGGCUUCGGGCAUGGAUAAUGACGAAGCGCAGUUUGAAAAUGUGGCCUAAAGAGGGUUGACAAUGUAGCAUAGGCACCUGCGGCGUUUUCUGGGUUUAUGGGCCAUUUAAACAGGAGCUUGGGAGUUACUAAUAUAUCAACAAUAAUGAAGAUUUCACAACACAGUAUUUUUGUCACUUUCUAUUUCAUUUUACCUUCACUGUAUUUGGUAAA